AUGACUCACGCAUAUGCCCCCCAUUUUCUGUGGCCCUACGCGGCCCGUCUUCGCCGUGCACGUGAGGAGCAGCUGGAGUUGGAGAGAGAGAGCCUAGAGCUGGAGCUACAGCAGCUGGAGGAGCAGCAGCAGCAGCAGCAGCAGCCGCAGCCGCAGGAGAAGAAGCAGCAGCAGCCGCAGCCGAAGGAGCCGCAGCAGCAGCCGCAGCCACUGCCGGAGGAGCAGCCGCAGCAGCUGGAGGUGCAGCAGCAGCCACCACCUCCUCCUCUUGUCCUUGGUCUUCGUGCCCUCGGUCUCCCCUCUCGCUCUCCCUCUCCUCCCUCCUCCCCCUCUCCUCCCGUCUCUGGUCCUCCGCUUCCUCCUCCUGACCCCUCCCCAGCUGUUUUCCCUCUUUCUCUGCCUCUGUCUUCCCCUCCCCCUUCGCACACUUGGGCUACUCGUCGCUCUCCUCGUGCUCGUCCCUCGUCUCCUGUUCCCUUCACUGACCUUCGUACUGCCCUGUUUCGUUCUAGUCCGCCUCGUUCGUCUCCUUCUGUACUUCCUUCUCCUCAUGAGUCCGCCCUCACUGCUUCCCUCUCUACUCCUGUCACUGACUACUACCGCACGUACCGUCCUGUUCUCUCUCGUGUUCUCGCCUCUCUUGUUACCGACCCUCGUGCGUCUCCGUCCUCUGUCUCCGCCCUUACUGCCGCAGUCACUGAGUUUGCCUCUACUCGCCGCCUUGACUACCCCACCAAUCUUGUGGCUGCUCCGCCUACCAGUCCUCUGGCCGUCCGGGUGUCAGGGCCUUGGGCCUCUCAGUGGAGAGCUGCCAUGGACUCAGAGAUGGCCUCCUACAGAUCCACAGGCACUUACGUCAACGAGGUUCCCCAACCUGGGGCGAACGUAGUCGAUGGCAUGUGGAUCUUCAGGGUGAAGCGGCCACCGGGAUCUCCUCCGGUCUUCAAGGCGCGCUACGUGGCUAGAGGUUUCAGUCAGCGCGAGGGAGUUGACUUCUUUCAGUCCUUCACGCCUACCCCAAAGAUGACUACUCUUCGGGUGUUACUGCACGUAGCAGCACAGAGAGACUACGAGUUACACUCUCUCGACUUCUCCACUGCUUUCCUUCAGGGUAGCCUACACGAGGAGGUCUGGUUGCGUCGUCCCUCUGCCUUCACUUGCACUUUCCCUCCUGGGACCCAAUGGAGGCUUAGGCGAUCGAUCUACGGUCUUCGUCAGGCUCCUCGUGAGUGGCACGACACCCUUCUCUCUAUCCUUUCUGACCUCGGUUUCCAGCCUUCUUCUGCCGACCCGUCGCUGUUUGUUCGUCGUGGCUCCACACCGUUCUUUGUACUGGUCUACGUCGACGACCUGGUUUUCGCCACUGCUGACAGGGUUGCUUUGGCUGACAUCAUUAGGGACAGAGCUGCUCGCACCAUUACACUCUCACAGUCACACAUGGUGCAGCAGGUCCUUCAGCGGUUCGAGCUUCAGCACUCCACAGUACAGCGCACACCUCUUGCCUAUUACCACAGACUCACUGGACCCUUUCCUGACGAGCCGUUUGAGCCUAGUGGUCCUUACGCAGAGCUUGUGGGCUGCCUCAUGUACCUGAUGACUUGUACUCGCCCGGACCUCGCCUUCCCUCUCAGCAUCCUUGCUCGCUUUGUUGCGCCAGGGAGACACCGUCCUGUUCACUGGACAGCUGCUGUGAGGGUGGCGAAGUAUCUAGUGACGACAUUGGGCGUGGGGUUGGUUCUUGGAGGGAGACAGGACGUCGUACUUACUGGUCACUGUGACUCUUCUUACGCUGACGACGCUGAGACUCACAGGUCUACUCAGGGGUACUGUUUCAGCCUGGGCUCUGGAGCUGUUUCGUGGAGGUCCACGCGUUCCUCCUCGGUCUCGACUUCUACCGCAGAGGCCGAGAUCUACGCUGGGGCCAUGGCUGCACAAGAGCUCCGCUGGCUGACGUUCUUGCUCACUGACCUUGGUGAGCGGCCGAGCUCUGUGCCGACCUUGUUCACUGACAACAAGGCGUCGAUUCUCCUCUGUCGAGAGCCGCGACUGGAGAGCAGAGUGAAGCACAUUAACGUCAGGUACUUUCUUCUGCGAGAGUUGCAGAGGCGCAGACAGGCUCGCUUCGACUUUGUGGAGUCCGAGGCCAACACUGCAGACAUCUUCACCAAGGCCCUUCCGCCUUGUGACCACCAGAGGUGUUGUGUGCAGUUAGGUCUCGUUGACACAUGUUCUCGCCUUGCAUAG